GAGGCCGUGGAAAAUCCGAGGCAGCCAAAAAACAAACGGCGGGCCUUCUUAUCUCCCUCUCCCUCUCUCCUUCUCUCUUCCCUCCCACCAAACAACACCCGCGUCAAGCUAGAAAGAUCUAAGCCCCAGAUCAUCCUGACCACGUGAAGAAGCCUUAGUCUCUCCCCCUCCCCCCUUGCGCCACUAAGUCCCAAUUUAAGAAAAGAGUUCCUUCGGGCAGACAUCAGGCGUUGAGCCGCAACUGUUUCUUCUGAACGGCGCUUGCCGUUUUGUCCGCCCGCGGGAGAGCUGACCGGUGUGAUUCGGCUUGCUUCCCCACGCUCUGUUUGGUGGUUUGAACGCUCUCCGAUCAGAGGGAAAAGGAAGGUACUUUCCACAAGAGAAUUCGCCAGAAACGGGGGCAACGAAAAGAAAAAGAAGAAAAAAAAAUAUCUUAGGACCGUGCACCAAAAUCUGGAUCAUGAGCAUACUGUCCAACAACAACUGAAACAGCAUCCAGAGGUAAUCAUUAAUUAUUCAUCUUUCCCCCAAUAUCACAUAGACCCAACCCGGAACUUGGGAAAUUAUUAGCUCGGUUGGAAGCAAUGGCGGCCGAGGAAGAUCUCUCCGAAGGACGCAUGGCCGAUAUCGUUCGCGCCUUGGAGCUCAUCCACAACCCCUCGUCCACGAAUGAUCUACGCAGAGAGGCCCUGACGUUUGUCGAAUCGCAAAAGGAAAGCAAGUCGGCGGCUCGUAAUGGCUUUCUACUGGCAUCUGGCGCCAACCAGAAUCCGCUGGUUCGCUAUUUUGGCCUAGGUCUUCUGGAUCAUGUUUUGCGACACACGUCGUUUACGGCUUCGGAGCAGGUGCUUGCGUUGAAAGACCUGGUUCUCAAACUGGCAGAGUCCAUCCGCCCAGAAGACCCUCCGUAUAUCCGCAACAAAAUUCCUCAACUAUGGGCGGAGGUUGCAAAGAGAAGCUGGGGUUUGGACUGGAUCGACAUGGACCAGACCCUCUUUCAAUUCUGGGAGGCAAGCCUGGUGCACAAGGAGCUGGUGCUCUCCGUCCUGGAAACCUUGUCUGAAGACAUCUUCUACCGCGAAGACACCGUUUCUUCCUUGCGGGGGACUGACUUGAACAGAGCCCUGGUGGAGAUCUUCACUCCGCUGUCGGUCUUUGAGGAGUUCUAUCCCAAGCGGGAGCACCACGUUGAACUACGAUACGGAACUGAUUCCUGGCUUGCCCGCAUAAACGAGUUCCUUCAAUACUGCAUCGAGAACCUGCAGAACUCGAAGCAAGCGAAAGAUGCGGCACUCAAAGCGCUGGCAACGCUGAAGUCUGUCCUCGUCUGGGCGAUCCCCAAAGCGAUCAUCUCCUCCAAUUGCGUUCCGACUAUAGCCAUGGCUUUGACCUGCAACGACGAGCAGGUUUUGCUGGCUGCCGUCGAAGCCUUGCACUCCUUGUACAGCAGAUCCAAUAUCGACAUCGGAAGCUUCCAGCCACUCGUACACAAGAUGUAUGAAACAGACUACCUGGAUGUCCUGCAGAAAUUGUACCAGUGGUCUGUGGUAGGACCCGAUGACAUCGAUGAUACAAGAUACAUGAUCUCGAAGAAGAUCUCCGAGAUGCUGUCAUACCUUGCAGGAUUCCUUGAGGAGAAGGGGUUUUCUUUGGAAAGCGUUCAUGGCAUGAACCUCCCGUUCUUUUUCCACCUUAUGUUAAAUGUUAUUCAACAUCGAAGCUUAACAGUUUCGAUACCUGUUCUUCAUGUGUGGUCCAAACUAUUAGCUUCUGAGAGGAUUGGAAACACUGAUUUGGUCACUGGCCUGAUCCCCGCCCUGCUAGAAAUUUGUACCCAGCGGCUGGUCCGCUGGGAGUCUCUUCCAGCCGAUUCCGAUGACCCUACAGUAGUGUUCCUCGUUGAGGACAUCGACACCAUUCCCGAAAGACAUGCGUUUGUGGGCAACUACCGCCGUUAUUGCUCCGCCAUCAUCGACACCACCGUCCAAAAGAGACCCCAGGAGGCCAUUCCUCACAUCCUGUCAACCGUCGAUGGCAACCUGGAUAACCUAUACAAUGGGGCUGAGCCUUUCAAUGUAAAAUCGUUCUCGAAAAGCUCGCUUCCCCUUAUGCGUGCCGACACCCAGUUCGCCGUCGUCGAGGCUUUGCUGAGAGGAUACAAUAGGUGGCUUGCAGCACACGGUAAAAUGCCACAGCAGGACGAGCAACAAAGAAGCGAGCUGGAAAGCAUUUUGGAGACUUGGACAUUCAAAUUGAUGCAGAGAGAUUUUGAGGAUCCCAUUUUGAAGCAACGAAUCAUUAAGCUUAUCGUUGAUGUCUCUUCGAAAGCUCUUGACAAGACUCCCAGUUUUGCGCUGAAAGUUCUUGAAUACAUUCUUAUGACGCGCCUUCCUGAUCAACCCGAAUUUCCUGCCUACUCGGAGGCCGUGAAAGAGCUCCACGGUCUGGCCAGCCAUGAGCUUCGACGCCUUGCAAUGCGCUAUGCCGAUUAUUUCGCCACAUUUUACGAUCUGCUUGAACCGAAGAUCAAGGAGAUAAGCCAGGCGAACCGGGUGGAUGACAAGCUACAGAUGGAACUGACUUCGAUUCUAUUAAUUAUCAUGCAACGUGCGAACAACGUGGAACCCCAGGUUCGCCAGUACCGAUUGUCGUCUUUUGUGGAACCCAUUAAUCAAGCAUGGCAAGAAGAGGAACUUCGACAAUUGAGCUCGUCCUUCGGAGGGUUUUGUGAUAUGUUAGGUCUGCAAAGCGUGGGACCAUAUAUGCAGACCAGGCAGGCGCAGAAACUGGAAGAUUGGACCUCAGUGCCUCUAGAUGACGAAGGCAGACGUAUCCAAGAGGAGAUGACAAGGAAGUUCCAGCAAUUGCCCCUGCGUGGCACCAAGACCAUGCUCGCAGUCUCUACGGAGAAGUUGAAAAAGACCGAGCCUGCCUAUGAACUUGCAUGUGGGGUUUGGCAUGACAUUAUCCCCGUCGUACUACCAACACUGCUAUCGCUUGUUAGUAACGCACAUGCUUUCCAUAACCCGGAGAACUGGAGCGGCCUGUCGGUUGAUAUGAAGGCCGUUGUUGAACGCAUCUUGACCGAUAGGUUCUGGCAAGCAGGAAUCUCUACGGGUAGUCGGGACGAAUUCUAUGCUAGAAUCACUUCUUCCCGGGUGUCCCUUGAAGGGUUUGCGUCCUCUGUCAGGGGCAAAAUUCGAGCGGUCCGGGAAUCCUGCUAUUCAAUGUUAUUCAGCAUGAGCAGGCUCAGGGAACAUUUCUAUGGAUUCGCCGAACUUCCAGGACCCCUUUCCCAGGCGUUAUUCAAAGAUUCCUCUUAUCUCUCAUCUCACCAGUUUUCGGUCUUGCUGAACAUCUCGAGAUGCUUGAUCGAUGACUGCCCGGUUCGGUUCAGAGCACAAUUCUUACCUCCCAUGCUGGCAACCCUCUUCACCAACAUUGACCGAAAAGUCACCACCGAGUGGGAAAUUAUUGAACAGCGCAGGGAAGGCCUGGCUGAUGGUGAUUUGACCGAUGAGAUGAAAUCAGAGAGCAUUCUUCGGCAAUUGACAUACUCUGCUGUCAUCAUGGUGGCAAGUCUCCUCGACCCGCAACGAGGAGAUCCCGACGGCGAACCGGCGGAUCCGAGCGCUCCGCAGCAAGCACCGGCGCUCUCUGACUCGAUAAGACAUUUUGUGCUUUCGUCGCCCGAGAUCUUUGAGCCGGUGAUGCUGUUUUGUACUCACGCCCUUCGCAUGCGUGAUACGCGAUGCUGUAGCAUCAUUACUCGUGUUAUUCGCUCCAUCCUUCAGGAUUUCGCCCCUCCCAACCAGUCCGCUACGACUGUGACGAUCCGCGAAUUCAUCAGUUCCGAAGUACUCAAAGCUUGUAUUACAUCUGUACAUGAGCCUUAUUUUGUGGAUAUGCAGAAGGACUUGGCCCAGCUUAUUGCGUCGAUCUGGGUUCUCUACGGCUCGAGCAGCCCGACGCCGCGCUCGGUGAUUCUGAGUCUUCCCGGUCUGGAUGAGCAGCGAGUUGCAAAUGCCGAAGCUGCACUCGUGAGAUCGACGGCAGCACGGCAGCAACGGGCCCUCGUUUUGGAUCUCCUAGAGGGUCUACGCGGGGUCAGCAUCGCCGAACAAGGCAAGAUCCUCGGCAGCCGCGAGGAGCGUCGCAAGGCUCGAAGUGCCUUGCAGGAGAGAUAUAUGACCGCUGAGAUGGAGGGCCAGCAGAACAACAAGGUUGACAUCAAUGACGGACCCGAUCUGGCAGGGGUAGCGGACAUGUUUGGUUAAAGAACCGCUUCCCGUCUCUAUGUCCAUUCAAUGUCUCGAUUGUAUAGUAUAAUGGUUUGGUGUCGUGCGUUCGCUAUCUUCCCAACACCACGUCUCUCACUUCCAUUGCCUGCCUUGUUACAUUCCUUCCGCAUCACGAGCAUAAAAGAAUAUAGAAACAUGACAAUGAAUUUGGUUUAGAGCGGUUGAGAGUACGGGCCUCAAGCUGGCUCAUGUUCGGUUUGGAUUGGUCUCCAGACUAAGUCUCGAGCAACGCCCCAAGAAAACAACAAAAAAGCAUAGAUUGCGGGACUAGUUAAUUUCUUUCAAACGGUAUAUCUACAUCAUACAGCUCUGCUUUCCACUUUCCUGGUACCUCUCUUCUCUCCUGUUUAGAAGAAUUCCGCGCCGGAGCAUUCGACCUUUUUUGACACUCAAGAUCCGUAUAAGAUCAGUUCACGCAUCGCACACUCAAAUAAGGAAGCGAGAAUAAACGUAAACGAGCCCAAGCCCGUUGUAAUUCUAGUCGCUUAUUGAGUGACCUUGGACGGCAUGUAGGCGUAAGUAGGGCGGACGAAGCUGUUCAAACGGGUUAUUAGCAUCAAUCCCACCCUUGGUACCAAUACAAGGAAUUGAAGUGACAUACCGGUCAGAGUUGUAGACCUUGGUCUCGGAUCCGAGGAGCUCCUUCUCACGGGCCUUGUCGGCGUAGUAGCGACGGACCUGGUCACGGUCUUCUUCGGCCUGAAGGAGAGGGACCAGGUGGAGACGGCCCCAGAUCUUCUCACGGGCGAGUUCGCUAGACGAGGGAGAGUCAGCGCACGAGAAUUGGGUAUGCAGAUUUCAACCCCAAGUCAAUUGAGGGGUUUUGAGAUCGAGCCUGUCACGUACUUUUGUUCGCGGAUACCGUAGAAGAGCUUGUACAUGCCGUAGGCCAUGAACAUGUGCAUUCCGAGGAGGUAGUAGACGGGGCGGAAUCCGCGGGCGGGGAUGUUUCGCUACAGAGGGUAACGCGUUAGCCAUUAUUCGUGCAAUUGAGCCUGGGAGACGGCGAUGCGUGUGCGAAUGCGUAGAGAUCAAUCAAGGGCAUCGAGAUGGAGGGCGACCAGGGCGACCGAUGAACCGAAAUAAGCCGGGGCAAGGGCGGGAGACCGCCGAUGAACAAUCGUACCUUAUACUGGACUGGCCCGUAGCCCCCCGAUGGGGGCAUAUCCUGAGGCAUUUUGACGAGAGACGGACGCAGCACCCUUUAUCGAAGUCUGGGGAGGGAUUCUCAGGGAAGAUCGGCCGAUGAUGCUCGAGCGAAGUUGGACGGCAUGUCACGUGUGCCCUUCCCGUUUGGUAAUGCG